ACCUAUGCAGCAUGUUAUCCUGUCUAUAUCAAGAUUAGAUAUUCCGUUCAAUCUCUGCUGCUGCAAUAAUAAAUUUGCUUCACCAGUUAAGUCAAGAACAACUUGUACUCUACCUUUAUUCAUCGCAAGCUUCUCUUCAAAGAUUCGAAAUAAAUUAUUACAACUGCCAUGGCGUUUAAACUUUAUGGUAGUCCUUUAUCAGGAUGCACUCAGCGUGUGCUUCUUGUUCUUGCCGAAAAAGGCGUUGAGGACUUCGAGCUGCUCCCAGUUAAUCUUAUGAAAGGGGAGCACAAGAUGCCAAACUACACUGAGAAGCAUCCGUUUGGUGUGAUUCCAUUGCUCGAAGAAGGAGAGUUCCGGCUCUUCGAAUCCCGAGCAAUCUCUCGAUAUCUCGCAAUUAAGUACAAAGACAAAGGUACCUCUCUUGUGCCCAGUGCUGGAGAUUGGGCAGGAUGGGCUCUUUUUGAGCAGUGGGCAGCCGUCGAAUCAAGCAACUUCCACUACUAUUGUGAACAAAUCCUGACACAGAAGAUGUGGAAUCCAUACAAGGGUCUUCCUACUGUUGACGCCAUCUUGGAUGAUGCCACUAAGCGUUUUGAGGAGAAGUUGGAUACAUUUGAUAAGGUCCUUGGAACCCAGGAAUAUUUGGGAGGCAAAGAAUUUUCCUUGAUUGACAUCUUCUACAUGCCGGCGGUGGCCUUACUUUUCCGUGCCGGAGCAGGCUCCUUGAUUGAAUUGCGUCCAAACUGGAAGGCAUGGUGGCAACGUGUUUCAACCCGACCUUCGUGGGAGAAAGUGUCUGCGUCCGCUGCCGCAGCAGCAGCUGCUAUGGCUGGUAACAAAUAAAUAUAGUCAUCGUCUCUUGUCAGUACGCUCAUCGUACUCUGCAAAUGAAACGCAUUGGUCCAUGCUUGCAUUCCUGACAAUCCUAUCACUAGAAUAGGCCUCACCAAUUCUCAUGGGACUUGCAACGAGUCCUGUCUAGUCCUAAGGAGCAAAUGUCUAUAGAA